CGUAUUCAUUUGCUUUAUUAUAAUUUACCAUCAGAUUGAGACAUAAUUAUGGCUAUUAAAAGAGGACUAAUUGAGUAACGUAUAACCUUAAAGUAUUUUUCGCAUAGGUUGAUCUCAAGUUUCAUAAAAAUCGAAAACGUUUAAUGUAAUUUGUCCCAAAGACUGUGCCAUAGGAUGUCGCUAUUGUACGCAUGCGCAUUGGGUUUGUUUAGAAUUUGACUUCCGGUGAAGUUUGGGACAAAUCACCCAUAAGAAAAUGCACCAGAGCUCCCAAAACGCUCCUCUUUUUGGGGACGACGACGACGUCAUCCCGUCAAAAAAGUCCGAAGUCAGGCACCCCGUGGUGUCCUUCCUGCAUCUGUUCUUCCGAACGAGCGCCAUCUUGGUGUACUUGUUGUACGACGACUACAGCAGUCACUUCAUCGCCUGCAUGGUCACGAUCAUCCUGCUCCUGUCAUGUGACUUCUGGACCGUCAAGAACGUGUCAGGGAGAUUGAUGGUGGGCCUGCGGUGGUGGAAUCAAGUCCACGAAGAUGGGACGAGCCAUUGGGUGUUCGAGGCAAGGAAGGCUGACAGUUUGAAACAGACGACCAGCGCCGAGUCCAAGAUCUUCUGGCUCGGCCUCAUCGUGUUUCCCGCCCUCUGGGUCAUCUUCGUCUUCAGCGUCAUCCUGACCUUUCAAAUUAAAUGGCUGGCCGUCGCCGUGAUGGGCCUCGUGCUGCAAGGGGCCAACCUGUACGGCUACGUCAGGUGUAAGAUGCGGGGCGAGUCCAGCCUCAGGAGCGUGGCCAAGAACUACCUCGGGGCGCAACUCCUCAAACAGGCAAUGAGGACAACAUAGCAGGCGACAGCCGAGCAAUUUGCGGACCGGGAGGUGAAGGUCUUAUUUUGAAUGGCCGCUGUUUGUUUGUUUGCCGUAAACUUUGGAUUUUGUGCAUCGUUACGUCGGGAAUGGCGAGUGCACGUUUCACCAAUGUUCCAUCAAAACAAUGGAAUGCAUGAAAUGUUUUUCCACCGGGAGUGAAGCGAUUAAUUGCGAUAUCGCUGGCCUAGCGUAAUGGCCUAAGGGAGCUUUUGAUGUUUUGGGGAAAAUGAAGAAAAAAAAACACAACAAAUUGGACAAAUUAAGAAAACCAUGACCCGUGAAUCUAUAUUUCUUUUGUAAUAAUAUGCUCAAAUGGUGAUAAUUGUUAAAACUGCACG